GCUCAGAAGAGAGAGAUGGGAGAGAUUGUGUUUACGGAGAAGCAAGAAGCUUUGGAAGAGUCUUGGGAGAUACUAAAGCAAGACAUCCCCAAAUACAGUCUUCACUUCUUCUCACAGAUACUGGAGAUUGCACCAGCAGCAAAGGACAUGUUUUCUUUCCUAAGAGACACAGAUGAAGUCCCUCAUAACAAUCCUAAACUCAAAGCUCAUGCUGUUAAAGUCUUCAAGAUGACAUGUGAAACGGCAAUACAGCUGAGGGAGAAAGGGAAGGUAGUGGUGGCUGACACAACCCUCCAAUACUUGGGCUCUGUUCAUCUCAAGAGCGGUGUUCUUGAUCCUCACUUUGAGGUGGUGAAAGAGGCUUUGGUGAGGACACUGAAAGAAGGGCUGGGAGAGAAAUACAAUGAAGAAGUUGAAGGAGCUUGGUCUCAAGCUUAUGAUCACUUGGCUUUAGCUAUUAAAGCCGAGAUGAAACAAGAAGACUCACAGAAACCCUAAAUAUCACUGGAGUAUAUGCUCAUACAUAUUUGUGUAUGUGUGCACCAAUACUACAUGCUUUGACUUCCUACAGUUCAUUGUCUUUAAAUAAGGAUUUUGAGAUAUUGUGAUGGAGAUACAUUGGUACCGUUGUUUCUCUUGAAAAGCUUUCAUGAGAAACAAGAUACGGUUUGAAAUUAAACCGACAAAUCAAACUGGUUUUUAAUCA